AUGUCCGUGUUGGCCCCCAUUCUAUAUAAAUAUAUGACAAAGCAAAAUGAGUCUUCUAUUACACCCAAGCCACCCGCAGUGGUGAUCGCAUCGAAUGCGCAGGGCAAGGACCCGCGAACCUUUGUGAUCCAUCAAGGAAUUAAUGCACAGAUCGACCAGGCUUUCGCCAACGUGAACGUGAACCUGAAGCACGGCGGAGGAAAAGGCGGGGAGCAGGUAUUUCGGCUGAACUUGUACCAUGUCCUGAUCAACGAUGAGGCUCUCGAGGCCGAUGGUAUACCGAGCCAUUACCCCAUUUGGGAAUGUAAUGGGGUAACGAGGCUCGGCGAGGAUGAUGUGCGGGUUGAUAUUGAAGUUGUAGGUCGUGAUCCACGAGAGAUCGAGAUCGGAGGGGACAUGGCGCGAGAUGAAUUUAUGGAUCAUGAAUCCAUCUAG